UAUUUUCUCUCACAAGAAUAAUAUUUCAGCAAAUUAAAAAUUAAUUAUUCGCAAAUGGCGUUCACAGGGAAGUUUCAUUAAAUUAUUUCCUUUGAUGAGAUGGACGCAUAUAGCUAUGGUAGUGCAAGGGUUUCCCGGUGCGAAUCUUAUUGGACAGCUCCUAAGACAAAUCACGCAGCCAUUGUCGAAGGCGAUAGUAAAGUGUGUGAAGAAACAGCCGCUUUUAAGAAAAUAUGUUCUAAUUCAACUGGGACGUUUUUAUUAUUUAUGCGAAGAUAUGAUAAAAUGGCGACAGAUUUCAGUUAUAGCGAAAAAAAGACCCGUUAAUGACGAUCACACAAUGGAAGCAGGAACAACACUACUACUCGAGGCAUUAGUGUUUGGAUUUUUGGGGAGCGUACUUAUAUAUGAAACACGAAAGGCUAGAGAGAGAUCGCGCGUCUCUGAGCAACUGAAAAUUCAGGAGCUCAAUGACUUAGAGGCGAAGAAAGAUCGAUUGAUGCAGCGAGUCAAGGAUCAAGUGAUCUUGACGAAACAACUCAAAGAAAUCAUUGUGGAGUAUUCGAGACAAGUCGGAUGUACAUUACCGAGUGAUCCCGAGGAGAAAGGCGAAUAGAAUAUUCCAUUUGAUUUGAGGCAGAUGUGGAGAUUGCGAAAAGUCAGUCGCGAAAGAAUUGUUAAAAGACAUUUGUCGCGUCGUUAAAAUAUCGCAUUUACGUGCGGCGGCGGACGGAAAAGAAGAACUCUUUCUCUGUUCCCUGUCGUCACAAUUUCUUUCCGAGGAUAGAAUUUGUCGCAUUACGUUCUCGGUGAACCACAAACGGUUGAACGAUCCUCAUAUGGAAUGCAGACCCCGCUAGCACGUCAACGACAGUUCGAACUUUGUGCGAAUAUAUUCUUCCGUUUUCGCCUGUCUGUCGUUCCGGUUGACAUUAGCAUUCGUUAGCAUAAUGAACGUUAUUUCCGCGCGCGUUCUCGCUGCAUGUCUGACUCACUGUGAUGGAUUUCACAGGCAGGCGCUUGAAUGAAAUUUAACUUUCAGCAUCAAAAUCGACAAAGAAGGGGAAAAUAUCAUUAGAAGCAGGCGUUACGGAAAAUGCGCGAAUCACGUUAAUUCGACAAGCGAAGAGUAGAUUAUCGCAUAUCUG